AUGAACACGAGAGGCAAUAACGGUCUCGUCGUCGGGCCUCAAGGUUCGAACGUGAAACGCAUCGAGGACGAGACAGGGGCGAGAGUAAAGUGCUUGAAAGAUAAGACCACCGUGGAAAUUUACGGCUCGCCCGAGGCCGUGCGCCGCGCGACGGACAAAAUAAUCGAUUUGCUCGAAGCGAAGAGUGGCGGCUCGCGAGAUCGUCCUGGUGAAAAGCGUCGUCGCGACGACGACAGGUUCGGCGACGACAAUAAACGCCCUAGGGGGGCGCAAAAUGAUUCACUUUUAGACUACCUUCGUUCAUCCGCGGUUGAACUCGGGGUUUCGAAGGAGUUUCCGCCAGACUUCGUCGACGAAUCAAACGCGGACGAACAAGGUAACGUCGAGGAAACGGCGAGCAUCACCAACUACGUCGGGCUCAUCAUCGGUAAGCAAGGUCGCAUGCACUCUGAGAUUCAACGCAUCGUGGACAUCCCCAUGACGAUCAACAAGGAAGACGAGACCGUGACUUUCAAGGGACCGGCCGCGAACGUCGGGCGAGGUCUGGCGUUGAUUCGCGAGGUGAUUGAGUUGACGAACGCGGUGCGAGACGCUCGAAACGCGACUCGCGAACGCGACGACGUGGAAGAGACCAUCUCCAUCACCGGCAACGUAGGCGCCGUCGUGGGCAAACAGGGAAACACGGUGAAGCGCAUCAAGUCACAGUUGCCCCGCUGCUUGUUCCAAGUUGAUCGAAAUUCUGAAACCGUCCUCGUUCGCGGCGCGCCGGAGAUGGUCGAACUCGCGAAACGGCUGGUGAGCGAGGCGAUUGAGAACGUCCAAGCGAGAGCGCGCGAACGUGGCGGUGACGUCGACGCGGAUAUGGGCGGCGAAGCGCCGAUGGAACAGGAUCGCGACCUUCGCGAGCGGCUUGGAUAA